UCUCUCUCAGCACCGGGAUUACCUCCCAGAGGUCCCCGCGCCUGUACGGCUGAGCUGUCCCAACAUGGCCGUAUCCACAGGCACUAUGGGCGCCGCCAUCGCGGCCGUAGGGCCGGCUGAGGCCGUGAUGGAUCUGGAUGCCAUGUCGGCCUCCAGCGGCAACCGGAUCCUGACAAAGCCAGAGACUGUGGACCAGAAGAGUGCGGGAACUGCUGACGAGGCCGGGCAUCCUCCGGAGAUGGCCUUGUCCAAGCCUGAGGGCAGCCUCGCGGCAUCAGUAACACUUAGAGAUGUGACUAUGGCCUUUACUCAGAAGGAAUGGGAGAAACUGGAUCCUGCUCAAAGAGACCUGUACAAGGAUGUAAUGCUGGAGAACUACAGCAACCUAGCCUCAGUGGGGUACCAAGCUCCCAAACCAGACAUGAUCUGCAAAUUGGAAAAAGGAGAAGAGGCAUGGUCAGGGAAGAGGAAAAGAUCCAGUCAAAAUCAUCUCAGUAAACUAGCAAGAUCCAAGCAAACAGGAGCCAGUGGAAAUGUUCAGCAAGAUGAUGACCAGCUAGAGAAUAACCUGAAAUCUCAAGAUAAACUCAUUAAGGAACCUGUAUUCAAGAAAACUCCAACUAAAAAGAAAAGCAGUGAGUGUUCUUCAUUGGAGAAAAAAAAUAAUGUGAGUACAAAGCAUAGCCCUGCAAAUAAAAAGUUUAAAUUUGAUUCACAUGGGAAGAAUUUGAAACAAAAUGUAGAUUCACCUGGUCAUAUAAAAAACUCUGCAAAAAAGAAGUCUGGUGUUGCUAAAGAACAGAGGAAAUCAUUAAAGCAUGGUUUAUCUGAUACAAAGAAGGAUAAAAAUCAAGUUGGAAAGAAACAUAAAUUAUCCAACCAUACUUCUUCUGAUCAAUGUGACAAAACUCAAACUGGCAAGAAGCAAGAGAAAUUGUAUGAGCAUUGUUCAUCCUGUACCAAGAAAGAAAAACUCCAAAUGGGAGAGAAACGUGAGAAGUCAUCUACUAAAACUGAUAAAACUCAUGCUUCUGUGAAAACCUAUGAAUGUAAUCAAUGUGGGAAAGUUCUCAGCCAUAAACAAGGACUAAUUGACCACCACAGAACUCAUACAGGGGAGAAACCCUAUGAAUGUAAUGAAUGUGGAAUUGCCUUUAGCCAGAAAUCUCACCUUGUUGUACAUCAGAGAACUCACACUGGAGAAAAGCCUUAUGAAUGUAUUCAAUGUGGCAAAGUUCAUGGUCAUAAACAUGCCCUCACUGACCACCUAAGAAUUCAUACUGGGGAAAAGCCCUACAAAUGUACUGACUGUGGAAAAACCUUUAGACACAGCUCAAACCUUAUUCAACAUGUGAGAUCUCAUACAGGUGAAAAGCCUUAUGAAUGUAAGGAAUGUGGAAAAUCUUUUAGGUAUAACUCAUCUCUUACUGAACAUGUGAGGACUCAUACAGGUGAAAUAGCGUAUGAGUGUAAUGAAUGUGGCAAAGGUUUUAAAUAUAGCUCUUCCCUGACAAAACAUAUGCGAAUUCAUACAGGUGAGAAACCCUUUGAAUGUAAUGAAUGUGGGAAAACAUUCAGCAAAAAGUCACACCUCAUUAUACAUCAAAGAACGCAUACAAAAGAGAAACCAUAUAAAUGUGAUGAAUGUGGAAAAGCCUUUGGACAUAGCUCAUCUCUUACUUACCAUGUGAGAACUCAUACAGGUGAAAAUCCUUUUGAAUGUGAUCAGUGUGGGAAAGCCUUUAAACAAAUUGAAGGACUUACUCAACAUCAGAGAGUCCACACUGGGGAGAAACCAUAUGAAUGUAACGAAUGUGGGAAAACCUUUAGCCAAAAGUCACAUCUCAUUGUACAUGAAAGAACUCACACAGGUGAGAAACCAUAUGAAUGCAAUGAAUGUGGAAAAGCUUUCAAUGCAAAGUCACAACUUGUUAUACAUCAGAGAUCCCACACAGGAGAGAAACCCUAUGAAUGUGAUGAAUGUGGGAAAGCCUUCAAACAAAAUAUAUCACUUAACAAGCAUAUGAAAACUCAUUUAAAGGAGAAAGUUCAUGAAUGAAAUCAAUUUGUGGAAAUCUGAUAAUUGAACUAAACAUUACAUAUUCUGAACUUAGAGAAUAUUAGAAACCCUCUAGUAAGAAGUCGCAACUUGUUAGACAUUAGAGAAUUGAGUGUGAAUCUUCACAUAGAAGCAGUGGGUAGAAAUGAGAGUUUUAAUGUGGUACCAAAUAAUUUACAGAAAAUACUCUUUUUGGUUUUGUUUUUGUUUUCUAUAUAUUUCAGGCUGACCUUG